CGCUGUGAACCCCGGUUGAUUCGCUCCUAUUGAUUGCGUGACGGUGUGCACAUUCUUCCGACCAAAUUGCAGCACAUAGCGGUUUUUUUCCACAUACGCUUCGUCGCGACGUAACGAUCACGUCGCGAUCGGUGUUGAACUGCGAAGAAACCGUCCAAGGCGAACGGGAAAGAGAGCAACAUGACGCCAGAAGGAUAUACACGUGUUUACGUGGGCGGAUUGAAUGAGAGUAUCAAGAAGGAAGAUCUGCAAAUGGAAUUUGAGAAGUACGGCAAGCUGAACAAGGUGUGGGUAGCAUUUAAUCCACCGGGCUUCGCCUUCAUCGAGUUCUUCAACAUGAACGAGGCCGAAUUGGCAUGCUGCAGUAUGAACGGUGUGGAGAUUAUGGGUGCGAAAUUGAGAGUGGAGAUUUCGCGGGGUAGAGGCCGCGGUGGUGGCAGAGGUGGCGGUGGCGGCGGCGGCGGCGCGGGCGGUUUUAGAGGCAAUCGCGGGGUUGGCGGUAGAGAAUUUGGCUCUCGGGGCGGUAAUUCCGCGGGCUACAGAGGCGGUACUUACGCAGAUUACGGAGGCAGCUAUUAUGCAGGCAGGGGUGGCGCAAGUAGGGGCAGAGGUCGUUACGGAGAAGACUAUAUGUUCAAUCGCAGCAGCGGGUAUGUUACGCGAGAUGGAUAUACGCAAGACGUCUACGGUGGUAGUGGCGGAGACUCCGGCGCCGAUUACUAUACCGGGAAGGACACGAGCACAGCGAGGUAUCGAAGCCGCUCUCCCGCCGGCCGUGGCAGUCAUCGUCAUCUACGUGAAUGCACAUAAAAGAACUACGCUGCGUCUUGCCAAUCUGAACUGCGGGCCGAUCAGCCACCCGCCUCGACGACUUCAUUUCUGUCCAAUCUACACACAGCGACCUGUAUAUAGACAAGAACUACCAUUUGCAGUUUGCGCUGUGCAUUGUUUUCCCUGCAUCGUACCACGUCCACACGACCUGUGGUCGCUGUCAGGGAACGCUUUCUAUGAUUAACAGACUCGAAAGUUCCCUUAAAUAAAAGCGUUCUCGCGCGAAACGAGAGAUGCGACGAGAUACGAAUUACUCGCGGAAUUACUCGGAAUCAUUAGUAUUUCAGGAGGUAAUUAAUAUAGGGCUGUAAUCAACAGGGACUGUAACGCUAUUUAUAAUCAUUUUACUCUUUUAGGGAAACACCUUGCUUCGAGUUGUUUUAGAUUUCUUUCUUUAGAAAACGUUUUUUUAAACGUGAACAGAAUUUUUGUGGUCUCUGAUUUUUUUUUUUUUUCGUCAGUUUAUAAUUAUAUCAAUUUCGAAAUUAUACGUACGUAUGAUAGUGUCUGGAUUAUUAAAAUUAUAUUAGUACCUCGUAAAAAAGUACACUUUGCUUAGCUCUCACUCUUUUCAGCUUUCUGAUAAGUUUCAAAAUUACAGUAUGAUCCAUAAUCUUGUGAAUAUCAUUCUCGCGUAUUUAGAUAGAAACGUGUGCUCGCUUUAUUGCUCUAUGAAUAGCAACGGUUUUAUAUGAAUUCGGAAAGGAGAUAGUAAAUCGCGCGCAACACACUAGCCAAAUGCAAACUGCUGCUCGCAUAUAACAACCGAUUUAUUGUGCAAACAUGGAAAGCUAGGCAAUUCCGCUGCGAAAUUAUCAACGCACAACGAGAUCAAAAUCACGCGAUCGCCAAAGCGAUUGCGUUUCUGACAUGGUAUAUCUUCCAUUUAUUUUUUUUUUUUAUUUUUUUUUGUUGAUAUACGUGCAAGGACAGUGCUGCAUUUGGAAAGACAUGUUCAAGCAUCUGGUUUUGUCACUUCAGAUGCUCAUAAAUAAGAAAGUGAUAAAAUAAUGGUAAUGAUGUAUAUUACCUCCACUGUAAAUGAUAUGGAAUUGGAAAUUGAGAUAUUAAAUGAUUUGCGCUCACUA